CCGUCAUUCUUCAUGACUGAGCAAGAGCCUGUGUCCAGUGAGGACUUAGUAGUGGUGUCAGUACCACAGCAUCAGGAGCCCCACAAUGUCCGGGAUUCCUUGCGCAGACUGUUCAGCCAUGACAGGUUUCAGAUUUUUGUGGUAUGCCUGGUGAUUCUGGAUGUUGUGUUUGUCCUGUGUGAGCUGCUCCUGGACCUGUCAAUUAUCAAAGCAGAUGACAGACAUAUUGCUCCCCAGGUGUUCCACUACCUCAGCCUGUCUCUGCUGACCUUCUUCAUGGUGGAACUGGCAGCCAAACUUUUUGCCUACCGGCUAGAGUUUUUCAAACACAAAUUUGAAGUGUUUGAUGGGGUGGUGGUCAUCGUGUCCUUUGUGCUGGACAUCGUGUAUGCCUCCCAUGAAGAUGCCUUCAAUGCAACAGGUCUCCUCAUCCUACUCAGGCUGUGGAGGGUGGCCAGGAUCAUCAACGGGGUAAUGGUUUCUGUGAAGAAUCGCGCUGACCAUAAAGUCCACAAGCUGAAGGAGACUAACAAACGCCUCAUCAUUCAGAUCAAUGACCAGCAGGAACACCGCUAUAGAGUAGAACAAGAAAACAUCAGACUGCAAACCCUUCUACAACAGCAUGACAUCAACUUCUGAUUAUCGUGGGAUUGGGUAAUGGGGGAUUUUCAUCAUCUCACCAUCUCUGUCUCAGCACCAUAAUA